CCAUGCAGUCCCUCGGCCUAAGAGCUCCCCACCCAGCCAACCCCAACAACCCUGCCUCCUGCUUUAUACCCUGCGCAGAAAGAAUACAUGUGGCUGUGAAUGAAAUGGCUGCCCUGUUCCCCAAGAGACCACGCUCUGAGACGGUGAGGAGCUCUUUGCGAUCGUUAACGUCCAGCGCAAACCGGCUGCAGAGUGAGUGUAAGAAAGCACCUCCUCUGGAGAGCAGCCCUGCAGCCGAUGUGCAGUUGGUCACCCAGCAGGUCAUCCAGUGCGCUUAUGACAUAGCCAAGGCUGCGAAGCAACUUGUUACCAUAACCACCAAAGAGAACAACAACUGAUCCUGCCUCCACCCAUUUCCACCUGCAAUGCAACCCUGGUAUUAUUUUAUCAGUAAUUAUUAGGUAUGUCACAUGAGUUUUAUUUUAUUUUUUUUAUCUAAGGUGUAUUUGCAUGUUUUUAUUUUUAAUUGAAUGUGUCUGUUGUCAGUGUUGUUUGGUUUGAAGCCAUAAGAUAAAGCCUGAAAUGCUCUCAAGGGUUGUGUAAGGAUGUGUAUAUGUGUGGACCUGUGAAAGUGUAUUUGACUAGAUGGCAGUUGAGAUGCUGUGGAUUGAGAAGGAUUUGAGCAGAAAUGAAUCCGCAAUAGAGCAGCCAAUCACGUACUAAAUAUUCAGUAAAUGCCUGACUCUUUGCACUAUUCUGAAAACUUUGACUGCUUUUACCUCUUCUCUUUUUUUGUUGUUGUCUGUGUUGUUUUUGAAUUAUGUUAAAAUCGAGCUUUUUUCAGUAAUCUCAGUUAAAUAUAUAAUGUAUAAUAAAUAAAUUCUAUUGUACAAAACAUUCAGUUAAUGAGGUCAGGUAGACCUAGUCUAGGUACAGAUACAAUAAACUUGUAAUUAUAAAGAUGUCAAAUUAAGUAUGAACUCAAAAAGAUUAUAUUUCAUUUCAUGCCCAAGGUAAAUGCCUUUUUCUCGGUUAGAUAAAUCAGGUGGCUAUAAUUCCAAUUUACAGUGUGCGUUAGGGGUCGACCAAUUAUCUCCGUUGAUAUUAAGCAAUUUUAUGGUUAUCGGUAUCGGGUCAUUUUCAAAACUGAUUUGCCGAUAAAAUUAUUUAAAAGCAUUUAAAGAGAGUUUUUGU